AUGCCGAGCGACCGGGUCCACCGCCCCCGCGCCCUGCCUCCUGGGGUGGCCGCUCAGCCAAGGACAGGGCUGCCUGCCUACCUGCCAGGCCUGGGUGCCGCCCGCCGGCGCCUCGGCUGCUGGGGCACACCUGACUGCCAGUCCAGCAUGCCAGGUGCCGCACUCCUGCUCCUGGCCCUGCUCUCGGGGGUCUCCACCUUACCCAGGGGGCCACCUGGAACCUGGACGAAUGGAGAAGCCAGAGACCCCCGCAGCCUGGCUGAGCUUCAGCUGUGCCAAAGGGCAAGGGGACAGCACCCUCCCUACUGGUCACAGUACCCUUGGAAAGGAAGGGGUGGGGCCAGCACCCUCCCUGAAAGCUGCUGCCCCCACAGAGCAGCCUGGGCCCCUGGGGUUGUUGACCGCCCCCCCCCCCAUCAGGCACCCCUCAACUUCCCAGCCAGGGAUUCCCUGGCCCGCUCUGGGUGGAGAAAUCGAGGCCUGGGAAGGGGGUCUCCUGCAGAGGCGAGUGGCUUUGCGCCCAGCCUUGGUUGCUGGACUGUGGACAGCCCCUGGGUCUUCAGGGGACACACAGCGACUCUGCCAGCAGUGAGCCAGGAGCGGGGCGUGGGUGCACCCCUCACGGAAACAGCACCCGUUUUCCCAACGAGGCGGCAGAGGCGGGGAGGUUGGGUCACUCGCCUGGAGGGUCUAAGGGAGAGCGCGGCCUCGUCCUUCGGGCUGCCCUUCUCCCCGCCAGCGCCCCCAUUCCCGGCGGCGCCCGGGCCCUGGCUGCGCCGACCCCUUUUCAGCCUGGAGCUGUCCGACGCGGAGGACGCCUUCCCGCGCCGCGCGGGGCCGCUCGAGAUCCCGGCCGACAGCCGCGUGUUCGUGCAGGCAGCCCUGGCCCGUCCCUCUCCGCGCUGGGACCUCGUCCUGCACCGCUGCUCAGUGACACCGUCCUCCCGGCCGGCCCCGGGGCCCGCCCUGGCGCUGCUGCGCGGGGGCUGCCCCGCCGACUCCUCGGUCGUCUUCCCGCCGCCGCCGCCGCCGCCGCCGCUCCCGGGUGCUGCCCGUCCCGCGCGCUUCAGCUUCAGCUUCCGCCUGCGCCCGGUCUUCAACGCCUCGGUGCAGUUCCUGCACUGCCAGCUGAGUCGCUGCCGCCGCCUCCAGGGAGCCCGCCGGACGCCCGCGCCUCUGACGCUGCCCCCGCCCUCGCUGUGUCUGCCUCGGGAUGAGGCGUGCGCGGGCUCCGGCAGCGGCAGCGGCGAGAGCCCGGGUGCCGACAGCCCCCACCUGCACACGCUGACGCAGCCCAUCGUGGUCACGGUGCCGCGGCCACCCCCCAGGCCGUCCAAGGGCGUCCCCGGCCGAGCCGUGCGCCCCGAGCCGCCUGCGCCGGCCCCGGCGGCCCUGGAGCCCGCGCCGGUGGUGGCGCUGGUGGUGGCGGCCUUCGUGCUGGGCGCCGCGCUGGCUGCCGGCCUCGGCCUCGUCUGUGCGCGUUCAGCAGCCCCCAGGGGGCGCUCUUGGCCCGACCCAAUGAGCGGCAACCCCUACCGCUCUGGAGCCUGCCUCUCCUUUCCAGCACCCCCAGCCCCCGGCGCCCUCCCGAGAGACUCGGCCGGCGGCCCCCAGCCCAGGAGGCCCCAGGAGUGUUCUGAAGGCUUCACGCCUAUUAACUUCAUUCAUCCUGGCAACAACUUCCAGGGCUGGCACACCCCCAGCGGGGUCCUGAGACACACCAGCCACGCCUCGAACCAGGUCCGCCAGGACUGGAUCGGCCGAGGUCGACCUCUGACCCGAUGGGACCGCCAUCCCAGCGUCCUGCACCCUCCCGCCUCCGACCCGCUGCUCCGCACACCCUCCCACCUGGGCUCAAAAUAA